CCCCGUUUCCCGGAGCCCGCGCCGCGCCGCGCAACGCCCGCCGGGAGCGGCCGCGGCGGCCAAGAUGUCGCAGCCCAAGAAAAGGAAGGUUGAGGCGCAGGGCGGCGGCGACGGCGGGGAGGGAAGCGAGGAGGAGGACGGCGGGGGGCGCGAGGCGGGCCCGCAGCGGCCCCGGAGGACCAGGCGGGAGCGGGACCAGCUGUACUACGAGUGCUACUCGGACGUGUCGGUGCACGAGGAGAUGAUCGCGGACCGCGUCCGCACCGACGCCUACCGCCUGGGCAUCCUGCGGAACCGGGCGGCGCUGCGCGGCAAGGCGGUGCUGGACGUGGGCGCGGGCACCGGCAUUCUGAGCGUCUUCUGUGCCCAGGCCGGCGCCCGGCGCGUGUACGCGGUGGAGGCCAGCGCCAUCUGGCAGCAGGCCCGGGAGGUGGUGCGGCUCAACGGGCUGGAGGACCGGGUGCACGUGCUGCCCGGGCCGGUGGAGACGGUGGAGCUGCCGGAGCGGGUGGACGCCAUCGUGAGCGAGUGGAUGGGCUACGGGCUCCUGCACGAGUCCAUGCUGGGCUCCGUGCUCCACGCGCGGACCAAGUGGCUGAAGGAGGGCGGUCUCCUCCUGCCGGCCGCCGCCGAGCUCUUCGUGGCCCCCGUGAGCGAUCAGACGCUGGAGUGGCGCCUCGGCUUCUGGAGCCAGGUGAAGCAGCACUACGGCGUGGACAUGAGCUGCCUGGAGAGCUUCGCCACGCGCUGCCUCAUGGGCCACUCGGAGAUCGUGGUGCAGGGCCUGUCCGGCGAGGACGUGCUGGCCCGGCCGCAGCGCUUCGCCCGGCUCGAGCUGGCCCGCGCGGGCUUGGAGCGGGAGCUCGCGGCGGGCGUGGGCGGGCGCUUCCGCUGCAGCUGCUACGGCUCGGCGCCCAUGCACGGCUUCGCCAUCUGGUUCCAGGUGACCUUCCCGGGAGGGGACUCCGAGAAACCCCUGGUGCUGUCCACCUCGCCUUUUCAUCCGGCCACCCACUGGAAGCAGGCGCUCCUCUACCUGAACGAGCCCGUGCAGGUGGAGCAGGACACGGACGUUUCCGGAGAGAUCACGCUGCUGCCCUCCCGGGACAACCCCCGCCGCCUGCGCGUGCUGCUGCGCUACAAAGUGGGGGACCAGGAGGAAAAGACCAAAGACUUUGCCAUGGAAGACUGAGUUUUGCCUUUUCCCCCAGCUCCCUCCCCUGGCAGCCUGACCUGCGUGGGAGAGGGCAGGGAGGUCGCAGGAGAAAGGGAGAUCCCACGUGCAAGUAGGGGGUGACAUCCCUGUCUCCCCUUUCCCUCGUGGCUCGGGAGGGAGAGUGAUUUCAGGGUCUGUUUGAGGAGAUUCUUCUGGCGAUGUUUAUUUUGAAAAGUUAUCCCCCUCGACGACGGAUACAGCGUGCUUAGUAAUGGGCUUUUAAGCCUCUGAAGCAUGUAGUACCAAGCACUUGUAUUUCCAUUUUUUUUAUGUUUUCUGGGAAAAAUAAACACGAAUGAAAAUGUCA